ACCCAACUACAAACUGUUUAACUAAUUAUCACUUAUUAACCUCAGUGUUUUUUCUUGAUUAUUUUCUUUUAGCAUUUAUCAAAUACUAAUUACUCUCCUUUCUCCAUUGAUACCCUUCAUACUUGCAACAGCUGAAUUAAGAACCAAGUCUCUUUCAAAGAAGACCAGUUUUGACCCUAAAUUGUUUUAUACAGUGCUAUUAAUUAAUUUCCUAUUUGACUUUAUCCAAUUAUAAUUGAUAUUACUUUAAUCAUCCUUAUUCAUCUACACCAUCUAUCCGUAUUCAGCUAUUUAUCUAGCUUUUGGUGUCGUAGGUGUCUGUAUUUUUCUGUCGUUAUUAUUGCUACCUCUUCCAGUUUCUCUUCAUAGCUGUCUCCUUUUUUUCUCUCUUUUUUGUUGAUUGUAUUUGUGUCUUUGCUUUGCUUAACAGUUGUAGUGCUUAAAGAAAUAUUUCAGCUGAAUAAGAGUAUGGGAGCAUUUCUAGAAAAGCCUAAAACUGAAAAAGUAACCGAGAAAGGCUUCGGAAAUGGUUUACGAUAUGGUGUCAGCAGCAUGCAAGGAUGGAGAUUGGAAAUGGAAGAUGCUCAUUGUGCGGUUGUUGGUAUAAACGGCUUAACGGAUUGGUCAUUCUUCGCAGUUUUUGAUGGACACGCUGGUCCGAGAGUCAGUGCUCAUUGUGCGGCCAAUCUUCUUGAAUCAAUAAUACAAUCGGAUGAUUUUCGGAACCAUGCAGUGGACUCAGCAAGUACUUCUAAUGGUAAAGUCUCAGCAGAUAAAGUGAGCCAAGGAAUACGUGAAGGUUUCCUGAAGUUAGAUGAAAAGAUGAAAAAAUUACCUGAAGUUGUAUCUGGGGAGGAUAAAAGUGGCUCAACAGCUGUAUGUGUUAUUAUAUCACCGACACAUUUUUUCUUUGCGAAUUGUGGGGACUCGAGAGCAAUGCUCUCAAGGGCAGGUAAAGCACAUUUCUCAACCCAAGAUCAUAAGCCUAUCAAUCCUAAAGAAAAAGAAAGGAUACAAAGAGCUGGUGGAAGUGUAACCAUCCAAAGAAUUAAUGGGUCAUUAGCAGUAUCUCGAGCUCUAGGUGAUUACGAAUACAAGCAAGUUGCUGGUAGAGGUCCAUGUGAACAAUUGGUUUCUCCUGAACCUGAGAUCACUGUUCAAGAAAGAGACCCAAAAUUAGAUGAAUUUCUUAUUCUCGCUUGUGACGGAGUUUGGGAUGUUAUGACUAAUGACAGUUUGUGUGAAUUUGUUCUCUACCAAUUAACAAUUCAACCUGAUUUAGAAUUAGUAGCAUCUUCCAUCAUCGAUACAUGUUUGGCUAAGGGAAGUAAGGACAAUAUGAGUGUGGUACUUGUUGUUUUUCCUGGUGCACCAGGAAUUAGCGAGGAGAACCAAAAAGCUGAUCAAGAAUGCAACCGAGAGCUAGAAGAGCAUAUAAAGGAGUUUGCAAAUUUAAAACCAGAUUUACCUCUCCUUAACGUCAUGGCACAUUUGCAUCGUGAAGAAAUUCGUAAUCUUCCUCCCGGUGGAGGUAUAGAGGCAAAGCGAACUGUAAUCGAGGAAAUUUGUAAAAAAUUAAGACCUCCUAUGGUAGAAGAGGAUGAAGCUUCAGGCAACCGUGCCCCCACCCAGGGUAAUUAUGGUAAUCUUUACGACUCAGACUGACUACCUAACAAUUCCGGCCUUGACACAAAUUUGGUUCAUGAUAAAAGUAAAAUAAAGUUGAUAUCAUCACCAUCGUUAAUUACCGAAUAAGACUUAAAACUCGAUGAUCAUUUUCUAUGAAACAAAGAAAGAGGAAAACCUUAAUGAGGAUAUUUAUGAGAAACAAUUAUGGAGACCAAAAAGGAUGCUAGGAAAUAAGCAACAACUUAUCAUCUCAAUCAACUUAAAAACAUAAACUUCAACCUGAUCACUCAUUUUUCAUCUACAUACCAUACAACAUACAUGCAUAUACAUUACACCAACAAAACAUAAACGUUCACUUUCACUUUCUCUUCCUAUUUUUCCCUCUCAAACCUUAUAUCAGCAAAAGUAAGCAGUUAGUAACAUCAAUCCUUUAAAAAGAAAAUCAGUUUUUCGAGUGUGGAUUUUCAGCUCACUUCAAGAUCGAGCUAAAAGAGAGACAUCUUUAAGGAAACUAAAUCAAAGGAGAUAACUAUAUCUGGAAAAGAGCUACAAUUACGAUUUACUUAUGUUACCUUCCCAUAUCUCCGUCAAUUUUUUUCCUUAUCCAUUCCCUCUUUAUCUCUAUAACUCAUUAUCUCCGCUUCAUCCUUUGUCCCUUAAUCCUAAUCCUAUCUCUUUCUCUCUCUUUAUAAAUAUAUUUUUUUUAUUUCCAAUGUAUAAUGAAAAUUAUUGCCGAAAGCUGUCUCAAAAAUUAUUUGUAACAGUUUAAGACAAAACUCAAAAUCAAAAAAUAGUCAAAAUUUAACCAAAACAGACUUUACCUGAAGAUAAACCUACCGUCGCUCAAAAAACUAACUACUAUCAGUUUAGCAAUCAAUCUAAUUCUUCCUCUUUUGUCCGUUUUGUAAAUUUCUUCCCAUUCAAUCCAUCCAACUCACUUUAACUCAAUGGUCCGACCAUUUUAAUGACAGUUUCGUAUGCAAAACGCAAACUAAACUGGUCUAUUUUCUGUCAACAGUUUUGUAAUUACUCAGUUUGACACAGAUUAUCAGCAAAUUCGAGUUCAAUUUAUUGUCUUCUUCUCAGAUCUUCUUGCAAACUCAGAUCCUUUCUGACAAUUUGAAAAUCGGACCAAAAAUGCAAAGCCAACUUUGUUAUGAUAAAAAAGAGUUGUGUCUGUAAAAAAUUGUAUCUAUUUUUAAUUACAGUCAAUCCACAUUACAAAGACCCAAAAUCAUCAUCAAAAUCAAAAAGACCAAAAAAUAAAAUCCUUAGCUUUUGA